AUGAGUUAAGUCUUGUAUAAACUGUUUGUGUUUUAACAAAGCAUCAUAUGAUCUGAUGACUCCAAUCUAGAUCUAAGACGAUGAUGGAGAUGGAAAUGUCUUGUUGUGGUGGCAGAGUAAAGAGUGGGAUUUACAGUGUGUGUGGGAUCAGAAGGAAGGAGUCCCAAGUGAUGGCGGAGCAGCGAGGCAUCAAUAGGAGCAACAAGAAGAAGAAAAGAAAACUCCAACUCCAUGGUAGUAUGUUAAGGAAGAAGAAGGAGGAGCAAGAAAACCAUCCAAAGUUUCCAAAUUUUGAGUCCAAAAACGCUGCAGCAACUUCAAGGAACAUCCGGAAGGUAUUGCAAAGAAAGUUCGGCGUUGGAAUGUUGAAGUUAGUGAGUUAAUCGUCGGAAUCAUGUUCAUCGACAUACCCGAAAUUCUGGACAGCAACUUUCUAGUGACUUCAGGUCCGAUUUACGCUAUCUUACAUAUGUUAAAACGAAAUACUUUCUAUACAAAAGUUGUAGCCUUACAUCUUAGGAAUCCACAGAAUCAAACGGUUUGCAAUUCCGUGAAGAAACGGUGGAGAUAUGCCCAAAUUACCGCAGGCGGUCCAGUUGUGACGGAAAUGACAAAGUUGGCAAAUUUCGAUGUUGUUUCCACUCCCGCUCAUCCGUAAGGUUUCGGCCGAUGAUUUCCAGGUCUGUACCUUUGCGUUAGACUUGCCGAAUCAUUCAUCACAUGCAUACAUGAACAUAUAUGUUAAUCCAUAUGUUGAAAUCAUCCCAAAAAUAAAUAUGUGAUACAUAUAAGUAUUAGAAAUGCUUCAACUACAUAGAUUGUUAAUCAUAAGUGUUAAAAUAACUCAAAGAAGUAUUUUAAAUAUCCAAAAAUAUCAAAAAUAGAAUUUGCACACCCGAACGGUCGACGUAAACGGUCAACCGUCGUAUUAAACAUUGAAACGAAACAAGACUGUCAGACAAACGGUCGACCGCCGCCUGCCCAGUCAAGACUGCCGUUUUUCCUCCAGUCAACAACGGUCGACCGCCGGUCAACCGCGGUCGACCGUCACGGUGAUUCUCCAAACUCGACGCGAUGAAUUUCGCGGUCGACCGUCGCGCCAAACGGUCGACCGUUCCGAGCCCCGUAGCUUAAUUAAAUGAUAUUUUUAUCACAUUACAUCCAAAUAAAAUAAAGUAUAUUUAUCCAAUCAUGUUGUUUAAAAAUUGUUCAUAUCAUGUGAUUCAUUUCAUCAUUCAUAUUGAAACAUAUCACAUCAUGUGCAUGCGCAAGAGAUCAGGCUGAAGUGCGUUUUUUGUAGUUGUGAUUGUGCGGGACUUAGCAGUCCGACAUCACGAACCGGGCUUAGUGUACGUACAUGGUACUUAGAUUUUCGAGUACCACCCCUAUAUCUGCGUGAGUUCGUCGUACCAAAUGGGCGAAUCUCAUAGUUCAAGGCUCGUCCUUGCGACUUAGAAUCAUACAGCAUGAAGUCAUCAUCAAGUAAAAUCAUCAUGACUAUGUGUGACAUCAAUUACGCAUCAUGUUAUCAUCAUCAAGUACAUCAAUUACAUAGAUGUCAUGUAAUCAUCAUCAAGAACAAGUAUAUAUGGAUUAUAUGAGUAUCAUGUAAUCAUCCUCAUAAGCAAAUUGAUUUAUUGUGCCAUCAUGUAAUUAUCAUUAAAUAUUUAUCAUCAUG